CUGUCUUAUUUAAAUAAUUUAAUUUUGCCCACAGAUGACUGAUGCCAUGUCCGAACCUAAAAAGAAAUGUAGACAGUACAGUGUUGAUUAUUUGAAAUUUGGCUUCAUUCCAUCAUUGCUGGACAAACAAUCGCCUAUGUGCCUUUUAUGCAACAAAGUUUUGGGCAAUGACGCUAUGAAACCAUCUAAACUGCAAGAUCAUCUGAGAAGAUGCCACCCUGAUAAAACAGAGAAAGAUUUGAAAUACUUUCAAACACUCAAAGAUAAACUUCAGAAGAGACCUACACUGGACAGAAUGUUCGCUUCGACGUCACAAAGAAAUGAUGAUGGUUUGCGGGCGUCUUACAAUAUCUCGUUACUUAUAGCAAAAUCCGGAAAACCGCAUACUAUCGGAGAGAAGUUAAUUUUGCCAGCCGUUGAAGAGGUUUUAAAAACUGUUUUACACAAACCUGCAUCUGAUAUCAUUAAAAGAAUUCCCUUAAGCAACAAUACUGUUGAAAGACGUAUUGAUGAAAUGAGUUCUGAUAUUGAAAGCUUCUUAUGUAAUUAUUUGCAAACGACCCAUUUCUCUAUACAACUGGACGAGUCAACUUUACCUGAUAAUGCAGCAUUAUUAUUGGCAUAUGUUCGUUUUAUUAUGAAUCAAGAAAUCUACGAAGAACUGCUCUUCGCAAGAACUUUGAUAACCGACACUAAAGGUGAAUCAAUAUUUCAUGUUUUGAAGGAUUACUUCAUUGAAAAAGCAAUUCCUUUAUCAAAUAUAAUAUCAGUAGCUACAGAUGGAGCACCUGCCAUGGUUGGACGUUAUCGUGGAUUUAUAAGCUAUUUAAAACAAAAUGUGUCAGGGGUGUUAGCAAUACAUUGCGUCAUCCAUCGACAACAUUUAGUUGCUAAAAAUUUGAGUGUUAGAUUGCAUGAAUCACUUUAUUUAGUCAUUGAUGCAGUAAACCGAAUCCGAAGCAACGCGUUCAAUACGCGGUUAUUUGCGCAGUUGUGUGAAGAAAAUGACGAACACUUUCAUCAAUUACUCCUUCACACUGAAGUACGCUGGCUGUCGAAAGGCUUAUGUUUGACAAGAUUUUUUGCACUUUUUGAGACUAUUUUAGAAUUUCUGGAUACUAAAGAUAAAAUUUUAAAAGAAAAUUUAAUGAAGAGGAAAACAGACAUCGCCUAUUUAACAGAUUUGUUUACAAAAUUUAAUAUGGUUAAUUUGCAAUUACAAGGCGACAGUUUAAAUUUGAUUAAAACAAAGUCCAUCUUAUCAGCGUUUCUUGCCAGAGUUAAACUAAUGAAGCAAAAUAUUGGACGGGGCGAAUUUUCUCAGUUCCCCAAUUUGUCACAGACAAGCUGCCAGGAAGACGACGUUUCAACUUACGUUCAACAUUUAAAUGCCCUCUAUUCAGAUUUUGAAUCUAGGUUUGAGGAUAUUUUGACUAUGGUAAUACCACCGUGGAUAAUUAAUCCAUAUGGUGACAUAGAAGAAACGAAUGUCAUAAUACAAGAGGAACUGACUGAACUAAGUACAAACGAAGAACUUAAGGUUCAGUUUAAAAACGGAUAUCAGCAAUUCUGGCUGCAAAACAACAUACCCGUUACUUAUCCCUUUUUAACACUAAACUUCACUACGGUUAGAAAUUUACAGGAAAUCAAUAUCAGGGCUGAGCCGAUAAGGCCGACUCUGAACAGUAAUACUACGAUCAAUCAACCGUAUUUCAAGCUGGCCCGUAGUAACGCGAGUGCGCGGGAUACCCCUUAUGAAAGACCUAGAGAACUCUGCCACGACAGAGAGCAAUGGCAACCUAUCGUCACCAAUAACGUCAGUAUCAAUACUACUCAAAUCCGCAGCGUCGCCCAACUCGGUACAAACAUUGACCAUUUUAGUCCUAGAAAUGCUGAGACUCUUCAACGUCAUACGCACAUCAAAUCGCUGACUAAGAGUUUCACGGCCGAUCAUUAUAUCAUCUCUCAUAUGAGCAUUCGAAACAACGUGAAACAAAACCUCCAAGGGGCUUUCGUUUACAACAACCUCCGUCAAGAUCUGCACGGCACUAUGUACGGUAGAACCGUCAAUACCUCUCAAAACAACUACAUUAUCAAUUCUUUUACCCAGAACAUUGCGGCCACGGUCUCCUUUACAAGAAAACAUUCCGCUCCGGAAUUGAAACAGAAUGAAAACGACUCAUCCGAUUGA